AUGAGCGAACAUCACGGAAAUAAGCCUGGAGUAUCAGCAGAUCAUUUGGCUGUUAAUCCAUCCGAUACUUUGUUUGCUAAAUUUGCAAGAGGAGAACUUGCUUGUGCUAAAGUUUAUGAGGAUGAUGAUGUCUUAUGUUUUAAAGAUAUUAAUCCACAAGCCCCUGUACACUUUUUGAUCAUUCCCAAGCAAACACAACUUGGUAAUGUACAUUCUGCAACUGAAAAUGAUAUUCAAGCAUUAGGAAAGUUGCUUUACGUUGCUGGAUUGGUUGCUAAACAAGAAAAUUUACUUGACGGUUAUCGUUUGGUCAUCAACAGUGGAAUUCAUGGUCAACAAUCCAUUAAUUAUCUCCACAUUCACAUGAUUGCAGGUCGUCAAAUGAAAUGGCCUCCAGGAUAA